UUUUUUUUUGUUCUUCUUUCUUACAUUUUUUUUUAAUAUAUAUUUGGAAGUUUUGAUUACGCGACUUUUCGAGUGAUGGUCCGAAUUACAAACAAUAUUUAUCAUGAGGCCUACGAAUACAUUAAAUCAGACGCACAAGAAGGCAAUUGUAUUGUAUUUGUAGCAGCUGACGUCGAUUCCAUUUGCGCCAUUCGUAUCUUUCAGGCUUUAUUAAAAAGUGACAUCAUUCCACAUAAAAUUGUACCUGUUUCAGGUUAUAAAGACCUUGUCGCUGCCAAUGAAAAACUAGUGAGACGAGACGACGACUUGCGUUCGAUUGUCAUGAUUAAUUGUGGAGGGCUUGGAAAUAUCUUGGAAUGUUUUGAUCUGAAUGCAUUGGCCAAAGUUUACAUUAUUGAUAGUCAUCGACCUUUAAAUCUCGAUAACAUGCAUCCCUCCAAUACACAAGUCUGUGUCUUUGACGAUCAAGACGAGACAGAGAAAAUUAAUGAAGUCAUGCAGGCCUUCCACGAUAUCAUCUUUCGAGAAGAGAAUGAUGACGAUUCGGAUGAGGAUUCAGAUAUCGAUCAAGAGAGUGAGGAUAACGAUUCAGAUGAUUCCGAAGGAAGAACAAGGGAUAAACGGGCACAUCAAAGACGGCGUAUGAAUGGGGACGAGAAAUUGUCGAGAGCAGCCAAAAGACAGUUAAGAAGAAAGCAAAAUCGGUUACUGGCAGCAUACUAUUCAGGUGGUCUUUAUUACGGUAAUUCCGUUUCGGGUGCUAUUUAUGAAUUAGUGAAUCAACUAGGCAAAUCCAACAACGAGUUACUAUGGCUUGCGAUUGUGGGUGUCACUUCUCAAUACGUCUUUGAACAAAUGGAUACAUACAAGUAUGCCGAAAAAUUAGAGGUUUUUAAAGACGAUCGAGCAAGAUUGAAUGUAAAUAGAAAUGAAGAUGGUAGUUUACAAACUACAAAUGUGGUCAUUAAAUCAGAGGAUGAAUAUAGAUUUAUGAUGUUUAGGCACUGGAGUUUAUAUGACAGUAUGUAUCAUUCAGGAUACGUAUCAAGUAAACUAGGUGUCUGGAAAGAUGCAGGAAAAAAACGACUGAACAAUAUGUUUGCAAAGAUGGGAUUCUCACUUCAACAAUGCCAACAAGUAUAUACCCACAUGGAUAUGGAUUUAAAACAGAUGCUUCGUAACAAGAUUGAAGUGAUUGCACCGCUUUAUGGACUGACCGACAUCUGCUUUCCUAGCUUUACAAGAAGUUAUGGAUGGGAAUGUUGUUUAUCUGCCAGUGAUGUUGUGUAUGCGCUUUCGACUAUUUUAGAGACCAGUCCUGCUGCUGCUAUUCGAUUAGGUGUGAAUGUCAAUGCCAAUUGGAAUGAGAACGAGGAUUGGCACACGGCCGAAGAAUCCGAAGAGGAUGCGACAGCACAUGAGAUGAAAUCUCAAAGACGUAAAUGGUGGAUGAAAAAUUUCUAUACAGCCUAUGAUGCUUUGAGUAGUCCUUCUCCUGAUGGCAUUCUGCGUGGGCUCAAGCUAUGCAUGAAGACACAGAAGGCCAUUGUACGUCAGGGCACUGCCAUCAUCGAUAAACGUAUGGCGAAAUUAUUGAAUAACUUUCGAUUUGUGAAUAUUCGGAAUGGACCUGAUCUUUCGAUUUUUCAACAUCCACUUGCAUUGACCAAACUUGCCUUAUUUUUGACAGAUGCUUACAGAGAGCACGGAAAGAAAAGUAUUCCGUUUGUUAUCUCUUCUUUAGAUGAAGAUAACAACACUUGUUUAAUAUUAGCAUCGACGGGCGCACCUACAUUUGGAGAAGUGCGUAAAAACACAUUUGGAUUGGCAUUUGAAGAAGCAGCAGAAAAGACGGGUGCACGUAUAUCAUUGGAUAGCUUUGAAUCAUCCGUGGUGCAAGUGCAUGAUAGUGAUAUUGAGCAUUUCGUCGAAACGUUAAUCUACAAAGAAUUUUAAUUCUUUUUAUUUUUAUUUUUUUGUAAAUAAAGUUUAUAUGUAUGGUGUCUUACAGAAAA